AUGGAGGCCAUUAAAAGUUGUAGGAGAUUUCAGCGAAACGAAAAUGUGUGGAAAUUCAGUCUCAUGUUUGCUGCAGUUACUCUAGCUUGUGUGAAUUCGCAAGACAUUACAGCUUGUUGUGACAAAGCUGAGGGAACUUGUCGCAGUGUUUGUGACAAGAUGUCUCUAGUAGAGAUAGCGUCGAACGCGUCAACGUUUGAACAAUGGGUACCGAAUAUCUACAGGUUUUGUACGCCGCGAUUAAUUGAAUUUUGGAUUUGCAUGAAUAAGACAAUUCAAGCAGAAGUGGUGUCAGGUUCAGGCUGGUGGGGUCGAGCGUGUUGUUCCUUAGGGAGACUAACUACUUGCCGACACGCAUGCGCAAUGGCCGCCAAUCAGAGUGCUCUUGUCGGCGCUGGCGCAUGCCGGAGGUCCGAUGAGAUCGAUUUCUUUGACUGUGUGCAGAGGCAAGAGGAGGCACAGCAAUGCUGUUCGCAGACCCAAUCGUUGACAUGCCACGGAGAGUGCCAAAAGGCAUUAUGGCGUCUCGGUCAAUCACGAGUAGACCUGCAAGCUACAUCCACAGCACUGCAAGCGUGUGAGGAAUCCCCUGAUUUAUUGAGGUGUCUGAGAGAUCUCACCGAUUCGGUGGUCUCCACUGAUACAUUAAAAUAUCUGCCGUGUUGUCGUGAAUCCAACAGACAAGAAUGCCAACCAACGUGUGAAAGAGUCCUUCGAAGUACGCAAGUGUUACAAGAAAUCGUAGAUGCUUUAGAAGACGACUGUGGUGCGCCUGUUAUACACGAUGGUUUCUGGCAAUGUUUCUUGAAGAAGGAUACACCACCUGAACCUAAAGACCUUAUCCCGCAUGACAUAUCAAAGCUCCAUUGUUGUCAAAAGGCAGCAACGAUAAACUGCAGAAGAUUGUGCUUCGACACAUUUAACACGGGCUGGCAAACCACUUGGCAAAAGUUUUAUUCAGAAUGUUUGGGUGAUCCUCAGGAGAUCAGAUUAUCUGAAUGUAUGGAUGACGUGGACGCUCCUUGUUCGCUAGGCUGCGCAGGUUUAACAUAUUGCAGCCAACUGAAUAAUAGGCCAACUACUUUGUUUCGGUCAUGUACGGCGCAGGCUGAUCUAGAAGCACAUUUAGCUGUGGCUGAGCAAAAAGGAAGUGGAGUUUUGCUAAUUUCGGGUAUGGAGUUGCCGCUGAAAAACUCAACCUUGUGUCCAAUUGACAUUUGGAAAAGUGUUGCUUGCGCUUUACAUGUUAAACCUUGUACCGCUAAGGGGCACAGCAGCCUGCUGUGCGCGGACGAGUGCGCGCGCGUGGUGUCGUCGUGCGUGGAGUGGUCGCGCGCGCCGCCUGCGCUCACGGCGCGGGCGCUGUGCGCGCGCCUCACGCCCGCCGCCGCCACUGCGCCCUGCGUGCCCUUGCAGCACUACAUGGCGCACAGUACUGAACCCCCGUUGCUAUCUGCCAAGGAAGUUGUGACCUCACCGUGUACAGGCUCUCCGUGCAACUCGUCGCAGUUGUGUGUCUUCAACAGAAACUGUUUGCACGGUGGAAACUGUCAGAGGUACCAUUGUGUUGAUGGAUGUCCGCUUGGGGACAGUGCUUCUCAAAUGAUCCCCAUUGGGUCUUGGGUGCGCGUACCAAUGUUAUCCUCACUUCAGAAAGCCUGUUUCAAGAUCUGUCGGUGCAGUAAUAAAGGGCUAGUCGAUUGUCAACCGUUACCUUGCGUUGAAUUAGAAAACUGUCAGCUCCACGAUCGAGAAGUAAUGCAAGGAGAGAAGUACUACAUGGAGUGCAACCCGUGCUCGUGCCGCGGCGGCGAGCGCGUGUGCGCGCGGCGCGCGUGCGGGCGCGGCGCGGCGCUGCCGUGCUACUGCCCGCCGCACCACCUGCCCGUGCGCGCGCACCACACGCAGUACCCCAACGCCUGCCUCGCAAAAUGUGCAGGCGCAUCAGACGGUGAAAUAGAAUUUGGCAAUGGCGGCGCAUGCGCGCGAGUCAACUGUGGACGUCGACACGCGUGUGUACCAGCACGCACUGUGUGUUUGUCCAAAUUGCAGACUGCAUGUCCACAACACAUUUGUGUAAGCACUGUGAACUGCAACUCUCAACCUCCGAUGGCGGUGUGUGACACAGAUGGGCGGACUCACAUGAACCCCUGCCAUCUUGUCAUGAGCGGCAGGAAGUUUGCCUACUGGGGAGUUUGUCUCGACGGAUGUUCUUCCGCUGGAACAGUAUGCGGUGUCAAUGGAGUUACCUACAUCUCUGAAUGUGCCGCUUGGGCCGAAUACGUGAGUGUCGAUUACUCAGGUCCCUGUUUGGCAGUAGGACCUAUUUCUGACCUCAUGGAACCAAAGUGUACCUUUGACAGGAUUAUUUGUCCAAAGCUUAAGAAACCAAAUUGCCUAGGCUUUACUGCCCCCGGUGCUUGUUGUCCAAAAUGUGGUGGAGCUUUAAGAAUCCUUUAUUCUAAGAAACAAAUCGAUAGAGCUUUAUACGGAACAAAUAUUUCAGCAACUGUUAUUAAUCUGAAUAAUAUUUUAAGAGCGCUCGAAAGGCACGUUAAGAUAGCUGAAUGUGCUUUAAGAGGUUACCUAACAAUAGAGAUGGAAAUAUUUGUUACAGUUGAAACUAUGUUAGAUAAUCCAACAGAUUUACAACUCAAAGUAUGUAUACUAGAGGCUGAGAAGAUAGCAGAUAUGAUUAAUAGAGAGAGUGUAUUGAUAUCUAGUGACUUAGGUUUAAGUUCUCUAACAUAUGCGUUGACUGUUCAUACGUACCCAACGCAAGGUACUAGUAGUGUAAGUGCAUCUUUAUCAACAUUGUUAUUCGGCUUACUAGUCUAUUUAAGUAAUUACAUUUUAAGAUAG